AUUGAAGGAGGAGCCUCUGCCGUAAUGCCAGUUGAUGAAUACUGGCUGUGUUUACCAGCCUCUCACGUUAGACCUUUUGUGCAGACGAUCAGAGUGGUGCAGUCUUGUCCCCAUUGUUGCUGGUUUCCAGGUGUUCUCCCUGUAGUCCCUGAGCCAUCGUGUGUACCUGCCAUGCUGCCAAGGGGCAGCCACAGUGCCGAGCCGCCUCCUCCACCUUCCUCCACUGCACCCCCUUCCUCAUCCCAAGUGUCCUAUUCUGCUGACCCUAAGCACUGCCUUUCGCCCCCUACAUCUGAUGAUAGGCAGGAGAAAAAUGUGCGAUGUGGGCUGGCUUAUCAGGAGGGCAGACUUCAAAAGCUCCUGAAAAUGAAUGGCUCUGAGGAUCUUCCCGAGUCCUAUGACUAUGACCUCAUCAUCAUUGGAGGGGGCUCAGGAGGACUGGCAGCUGCUAAGGAGGCAGCCAAAUAUAACAAGAAGGUGAUGGUCCUGGAUUUUGUCACUCCAACCCCUCUUGGAACUAGAUGGGGUCUCGGAGGAACAUGCGUGAAUGUGGGUUGCAUACCUAAAAAACUGAUGCACCAAGCGGCUUUGUUAGGGCAAGCCCUACGAGACUCUCGAAACUACGGAUGGAACGUCGAGGAGACGGUUAAACAUGACUGGGAAAAAAUGACAGAAGCUGUGCAGAAUCACAUUGGCUCUCUGAACUGGGGUUACCGCGUAGCUCUGCGGGAGAAGAAAGUCACCUAUGAGAACGCAUAUGGGCAGUUUGUUGGUCCUCAUAGGGUUAAGACAACAAAUAACAGAGGCAAAGAAAACAUUUAUACAGCAGAGAGAUUUCUCAUUGCCACUGGUGAAAGACCACGUUAUUUAGAUAUCCCUGGUGACAAAGAAUACUGCAUCAGCAGUGAUGAUCUUUUCUCCUUACCUUAUUGCCCGGGUAAGACCCUGGUGGUCGGAGCAUCCUAUGUUGCUUUGGAAUGUGCUGGAUUUCUUGCUGGCAUUGGUUUAGAUGUCACUGUUAUGGUACGGUCCAUUCUCCUUAGAGGAUUUGACCAGGACAUGGCCAACAAAAUUGGUGAACAUAUGGAAGAACAUGGUAUCAAGUUUAUAAAACAGUUUGUACCAAUAAAAGUUGAACAAAUUGAAGCAGGGACACCAGGUCGACUCAGAGUGGUAGCUCAGUCCACCACGGGUGACAAAACCAUCGAAGGAGAGUUUAACACGGUGUUGCUGGCAAUAGGAAGAGAUGCUUGCACAAGAAAAAUUGGCUUAGAAACCGUGGGGGUAAAGAUAAAUGAAAAGACUGGAAAAAUACCUGUCACAGAUGAAGAGCAGACCAACGUACCUUACAUCUAUGCCAUUGGUGACAUAUUGGAGGGAAAGCUGGAGCUCACCCCCGUAGCCAUCCAGGCAGGAAGAUUGCUGGCUCAGAGGCUUUAUGGUGGCUCCACUGUCAAGUGUGACUAUGAAAAUGUUCCAACAACUGUCUUUACUCCUUUGGAAUAUGGUGCUUGUGGUCUUUCUGAAGAGAAAGCUGUGGAGAAAUUUGGGGAAGAAAAUAUUGAGGUUUACCAUAGUUACUUUUGGCCGUUGGAAUGGACAGUUCCAUCAAGAGAUAACAACAAAUGUUACGCAAAAAUAGUCUGUAAUAUCAAAGACAAUGAGCGUGUUGUAGGCUUUCACGUACUGGGUCCAAAUGCUGGAGAAGUUACACAGGGCUUUGCAGCUGCAAUCAAGUGUGGACUGACCAAAGAGCAGCUGGACAGCACCAUCGGCAUCCACCCCGUCUGUGCAGAGAUAUUCACGACACUGUCGGUGACCAAGCGCUCUGGAGGAGACAUCCUCCAGGCUGGCUGCUGAGGUUAAGCCCCAGUGUGGAUGCUGUCGCCAGGACUCCAAACCACUGAUGCGUUUCCUUGCCCAAAUCCAAGGCGAAGUUUUCAGGAAGCUUCUUGGGCUUUGGCACCUGCGUGUGCUGUGCUUACCCCACCCAAGGCCCCCUUGGAUCUCAUGGGUAGGAGGUGGUGAAUGCAAGGCAGGCAGCAUCACACUGGGGUCACCAGGACUGACUCUAAACUGGUACUCGGCGGUGCAUCGAAGGGAUGCGUCCAUGACGUCACUGGCCUCAAAGCCCAUGCGGUGGGCAGUGAUGGAACAACUGUCGAAGCAGUUUUAGCAUGACCCUUCCUUUGUGGGUCGUCUUCUUCUCAUUGUCAAGCUUUCUAAAGUUGAGUAUUUUUUUCUUAUUUCUCUAAGGUGUUAAUGAUACUAGUGAUGAAAAAUGUUAGCAGUCAAUUUUUGUCCAGAAGCAAGUCAUGGUUAGAGUAUGCAAAUAAGGUGCCUAGUUGCUCGGAAGGCAUGAUUUGGCUCACUUGGAGGCCGCACACACUUGUCCCCGAAGGAGAACUGUCCUAGGACUCAAAUGUGCUGUUCUACUUGACUGACCUGCUGUUCAGCACUGUUUCACCUAGUGAGUUCUGUGUCCAAAACAAGUAAAUUUAUGAGUGACUCUAGCCAAAUUUGCCCCCACGUGCUACAUCACUGAUGAUUUUUAGUUCUGUUUAGGAAAGGAAAUGGCCACUUGGCCAGCCUGUUUGAAGUAAUACGCCAGUGCAGGGAACCUGGCAGUAUAGGACGGUUUCCACCAUUAUUCGUCAUGGAGGCAGAUGUACACCUUAUAUGGGAAAAAAUAGUAAAUGUCUUUAUCUAGUUCACUGUGUGCUGGUCUAAGUAAGCUGAGAUCUUUUGUAAUGGAAAACACUUGUUUAAAACUUUUUUUUUUUUUUGAUAGCUUUAGCUUUAAGCUAAAAACACAAGAUAGCACGGCUUUAUUUUUUGUGUGUAUUAGGUAUCUAUCGCUUCCUAAGAUCUACAUUCAUAGGAAAAUAGGUCUUUCCACACUUAUGAUUUAAUAAUUCUUUUGUAGUAAUUUUUUUAAGGAAGCUGUUAAUAUCAUAAGUUAUUAUUUUUGAACACAGGUGGAUGUGAAGGAUUUUCUUUUAAAAACCAAAUGGUUUUGACUUUUUCUGUUGAAUGAAUGACUGUACCUGGUGGAAUUUUGGCAGAAGUGUUUACACUCCGUUAGCAUUCCAGCUUGUAUUAUUACAAAGAGGUAUUAACUCCACAGUUAUGUAUUUCUCUAUAAAUAUACUGACUAAGGAUUAUAGUUAGGCAGUCUUCUCACUAUAGAAGCUGGAUUUGAAACACGUGCUGUGGACGUGGGGCCUCCCACCAGCAGUUAGCUCUCUGGCUGCUUUACCCUCCCCGCCCUCCGCUGUAUCUCUCAGCUACAAUACCGCGUGGUGGAUUCAGAGUACAUUUCUUGGUCUCCUCAGGGAACUCACACAUCUGCCUGGCAUUUAGUCAGCAGAGCUCCUAACCCUGAGCCACAGGGCUCUGCCUCACGGCCUCCUCCCAUCUGGUUAUGUGAAGAAAAUGGGAAAAGGAGAAAGGAGAGGAGAGUUGAGGCAAUUGACUGUGUUCAGUUUUAUUUAUUUUUUUAAUUUGUUUUUUCUCCAAGUCUGCCAAUCUCUGAAAUUAGAACAAUAGGCAGUAUGAGAUGAUCGUGCCUAAUCAUGUUGUGAUUCUCUCUUCGUGGAAUGGAAUGUUCUGCCCCCACAAGAAGGAUUUUACUUCAUAGACUUGUCUUGUUUAGAUUCUGUAAUUGCCCAGUGCAUUGAAACUUAUACUAAAUUUUAUGUUUUUUGUUAUAAUCCUCUGAAAAAAAAAACCAACGUGAAACAUUAAAAGGUAUUAACAUCCA